AUGGACCAGGAGGAGGCUCCACCGCCCCCCUACUCCGCCGUCGAUCCGUUACUCACGCCCCCCAACAACCGAAACAACGACCCUUCCCCGACUUCCGCCCCGCCUGGAGGCAGUAGAUCGUCUCAAGAUGCCAGUAGCUCGCGGGCACCUGCCCAGCCAGCGGUCCUUCCGACACAUUUCACCUCUGCUGCGACCUACUUCGAGCAGCGCCCCCCGUCAGUUGUGGACGAAAGCCGGAGUCUGCUACAACAUCAUAUGACGGUCUACCCCAGAAGCCAGGCGAAGGAUUUCCCACGUCGACCACGCUGCUGGGCUUCUAGAUUUGAUGAAACCACCCAGCAGGACUGGGAUACAUUCUUGCGCUAUCUUUUCCCGCCGGAGCUAGGCCUCGCUGCCUCCUCGCAACACCUGCCGCGCCAAUUGCGCGCGGAGAUCCGACGAGAUCGCAAGGAUCGCCCACAAGAGACAGACGAGCAGCGCAGAGCUCGUAUUGCUGCCGUCGUUGGAGAGUGGAAUGAAUGUUUCUUCCACUUCCGCGGUGCUCACAUAGUGUUCAUCUAUGUGGGGGAGCCUGACUCCGCACCCCCCUCUGCUCUUUGCCCGCGAUGUUAUCCGGCUGCAACAGGAUCUAUAGAAAGCUCACCAUCGCGUCAACCAAAUAUUUCACCGCCUGUUCCUGGCCAGCAUACUCCUUCACCGGCCCCUUGGCCGGUACCUCCCUCUCCAUACCACCACCCACAGGCCUUUGGGCCGCAAUAUCCGUACGGGGCGCCAUAUGGCGCUCCGGCCUACCCUUCUCCCGUAUCGCCCAACCAGCCUCCUCAAUACUACCCUCAUCCACAGCCACAACGAGCCUGGCAAUGGAACAACUGGGGGCAGGCUCCACAGCAACAGCCGUAUCCCAACAACGGUAGCUCAAAAGGGGGAUGGAUUUCACAACUCGCAUCGACCGCCCAGAAAUAUGGCGAGCGCUUCAGUGAGCAAGCCCAGAUGUAUGGAGAUCAGAUAAGUGCACAAGCGCAGCAUUAUGGGCGGCAGGUUGAGGAGCAGGCUCUCGCCCAUGGCCGUUGGAUUGAAGAGCAAGCAAGGCUCCAUGGUCGAAAAGCACCGAUGGCCAACCCAUAUCCAUAUAAUCCUAAUUAUUACGGUCGACCGGCGUGGGAUAACUCAGGCAGACCUGCACCGACGGCAGUUGCUCCAGGAACUCCUCUUCACACACCGAGCCCCGUCGCACCGACGCCUCAGACAACAACUCCCGUCGAAACAGCAAACAAGGACAACGCCAAAGCGAAAGAGCUGGUCGAGCAGCCCCCUUCAGAAUUGGCCGCAGACAAACUUCCCCGGCGGCCAUCAGUGAGCUCUGUCUCAUCCGAAUCAUCCUUUAGCUCCAUUGAUUCAAUAUCCACGACAUCAGAUCUGGAUGUCUCAGACCUUGCCACUGUACGAACACAAUUGGAGCUUCUUGAUGAUCGCCAUGAUCGUACAUUGUACGAUGCCGUCGUGGGUCUUCGCCAGCAGCUCACUGUCUUACAAAAGACUCGCCGCGAAGCCAGAUUUCUAGGCAAAGACAAUUGGAAAGCCGGGUUUGGCCAAAGCCAACAAAACACCCAACAAGGUGCAAGCACUGAUUGGGGCCGCUGGGACUCUCCCGAGCAGCAGCAACGAAACUCGGUCGACAGGCGUGCCAUGAAGGAUGAGAUGCGUACGACUAAAAAGGCGUUCCGGGACGCCCUACGCCGCGCUCGUGAGGAGCAGCGCGAACGGCGUCGCGCAAAUCGUCGCCAGGUCCGACAGGCCAGGGCAGGUGAUGCACAGAAAACCAAGAAGCCUGAUCAGGCCCUCGAUCAGCAGCUCUCGAGCUUGCGGUUGGAUGAUCCAUCCAAUCCUGCUCCUGCAUCACGACCAUCUACUUCCAUCCAGUCCAGCCCUGUUGAUUUGCAUAGCUCCAAUGUUGGUUUUGGUUUUGCUUCCAAGCCGCCUUCUAUCUCCCAAGCAAGCACCCAUUCUGGCUCGGGCUCGACUAAGAAAUCCAAGUCGGCUGAAACAUCAAGCCGGCUCAAAGACAUGCUCAAGCCGAAAAAGGCUAAGAAGCAAAAGGACGACGAUGCGGAGAACAAAUGA